UUUUUUUUUUUUUUUUUUUUUCUUCUAUGGCAAUUGAGUCUCCACUAUUUAGUAGUUGACUAUUCUGCCAGCGUCAUGUGUUACGGCAGGUGUGGGCAUUACAGAUUAUAUAUUUAAAUAGAAAAGGGACAAAAAAAUGGCAUUGACGGACUGUAUUUUUUUCUGCAAUUGAGUCUAACGUCAUUGUCAAUAACAUCUGAUGGAGCUGUCAAACUCAAACUGUCAAUUUCUGUUGAAUGUUGAAUUGUACGCGUUUAGUCUAUAAUCUUUAAGUUUUUGUGAUCUUUCUUCGUUCAUUGAUAACUAAAGGAAUCUAUUGUUAUAGUACAGUAACAUUAUAUUUUUUAUACGUUUUAUCUCAAUUGUAUUUAUUUGAAAUAUUGACAAACUAUGGAUUCGUCAUCCAUCGUCAGUUUUAACAAUGAUUCUACUUUUCAAACAACGUUGAAAGGUGACUGUAACAACAUCAGCGUUCACGAGUUAGCUCUACAUGCUAUGAGAGAUCGAUGUUUAUUAUUACAAAGAAGAAUUAACGCAUUGGAAACUGAUAAUAUGCGAUUAAAACUGGAUGUUGUAAAAGCGUCAGAGUGCUCAACAUACACACCUAUGAAAGAAGACGAAAAGCUGGCAUUACAUCAAAAAAUUGCAGAGCUAAACAAACAAAAGUCGAAACUCAUGCAUCAUGUUUUCAUGGUUCAAUGUGAAAAUAAAAAUCUGUGGAAUAAAAUCUCCACAUUAAAAGGUCCUGAUAAAUCCAACAAGCAGCCUUUACUACGUACUAACACAUACAUUCACAGCACCCCAAAAAAUAGUUCACAUUACCAAGAAAAGUAUUCAGAAUCAAGUUUGGAAGAAAUAUCUUUAAAAUUGAUAAAUAGUUACAUUCAAGAGAAGUCACAGUUGGUCGAACAAUAUGAACAGAUGGCGCAGUUGCAGGAUAUGGAUGAUGAUAUCUUGAAUGCUGACUCAAUUGGCUUUACAUACAUUGAAGAUCCACCUACAGAUUCACUAAAAGAAAUCCGAUGUCAAACAGAAAAAUUGCAGACUAUGAAGAAGGAGCUUAUACAGCAAGAAACUGAUUUAAAAUUAAUAAUAUCUAAAGUAGAAUCUGUGUUAAGAGAUGGGUACAAGUGUCCAACAUGUAUUGCCAACAAUGCCAAAAUUACAACAUCAGAACACAAAGAGAUUGAGACAAGUGACAGUCUCGCUAAUUGGGCAACACCAGCAGAUUCUAGCACAUAUAAUAACAAUUACAGUGAAUUAAACACAUCUGCUUACAAAAAAAGUAUUUUAGAAGAAAGUGACAAAGAGAAUGUUGAUGAAGCUUGUGAUAAAAUUUGUCCAAUGUGUGGACAGACAUUCCAAAAAGAAAUUGCUUUUUCAGAUUUCCAGUCCCAUGUUGAAAAUCACUUUUUAGGGGACGCUGAACCUGACUCUAUUACUGAUAACUUUGAUAAUGUUCCAAAUUCAUUUGAUAAUAUUAUUUAAUUAUUUUAUGAAUUCUUAUUUAUUUAUAAUUUUGUUUCAUGACUGAUCUGCAUAUUUUUGAUAGUUGUAUGUUUGGGUUUUGAAUAAUCCAUCUCAGUACAUAUCACAUGUAAAUAAAGUGGAAACUCAAUUAUCCAGCCCUCAGUUAUACAGUUUUGUAAUUAUGGACUUACUUAAUAUUUUGUUUCAUGUUUACCAAAGGCAAAUUAUGUAUCAAAUAUGUUAUAAAAAUUAUUUGUACACACAUAACAUUCCCGAAUUUUGUAAUAGACAUUGUAAUACAUAUGUAUAUGUUGUAUUUUUUUAAUUCUAGCUGUUGCCCGUGACUUCGUCUGCAUAGAAUAUGAAUUUUAGAACAUAACUUUAUGGUUUAAAUUUUCCAAAAUAAAAGUAGACUAUUUUACUCCUUAUUACAUCAACUACCCGUCAGCCAGCCAAGCUAGUUAGCCAGUACAAACAGACAUACAGACACAAAUUGUAAAAAAUGAUAUUUUGGUAUGUGUAUCAUAUAUUCAUAUACUUGUAGUAAAAAGCGGUUAUUUUAAUAUUACAAACAGACCCUCUAAUUUUAUAUAUCUAUACAGAUAUACAACAUAGUUACAUACUUAUCGGUUCAAAACCCAAUCUUUUUCAUACAUUCGAUUAUCGAAAUGCCUAACAACAACAAUCAAUCCUAAUAAUCAAGUUUCCAUAUACAUAACUCCACUCCUCUCUGUCACGGGGACUAUGGAACAACAAUUGCUACAAUUUUUACUCUUCUCUUUCGCUUCAUUGAGUUUCUACUGUAUAUAUCUUGUGACUUAUUUAAUUGCAACAUUCCAUUAAAUAAUGUUAUUAUAAUGUCUUUUAUAUUUUAUAAUUAUUUUGGAAAACAUGAAUUGCAGACAGUAGUAAGACAACAUUUAAAAGAUCGAGUUGAGUAAAAGUGCCUCAAGCGUAAAUUAAUCAUAGUUGAUUAAAAUAAGUAGAACUAUUGUGUGUCAGCAAAUAGAUCUCUGAAGACAGGUCAUCAAUCCAUACUUCCUCAUAAAUGAAAAUUGUAAAUAGAAAAUACCUAUUUGGUUAAAUUUAAUUUCAAAUUGUUUUAUUGUUUCGAAUAAGGGCACAAUUAUUGAUUUUAAGUAAACAUACUUUAGGAUUAAAAUUGUACUAUGUUGUAGUAAAAUGUAAGAUAUAAAUUAGUCUAAUUGUAAUAGAAGUUAUUAAAAAUGAUAUAAUUUUAUUUAAAAUAGCAUAAAAAGAGAAUUUAGUAUUACUUUAAUUUCGAGCAAUUAUUUUUAAGAAGUAAUGGAAAAGAAUAUAAACCCUUCUUAUUUA